UUAUUAAACUCUUACAUGAAAAUGAUUAAGAUCUUUGCAGUUUGCUGCGCAAAAUGUAAUUCCCGUGGUUUUAAUCUAAAACGGAUGGAGAGUGUGGCUAUUAAACAUUGUCCUAAAUGUGUUGAUAUGUCAGAAAAAACUAGCCUAUCGGAAAUUAUGAGUGGUGAACUUUCGUCAGAUAGGACUAUGCAAUGGAGUUUGGCGUUCCCUACCAAAAUGCAGUGAUGUCGAAAAAAACCUACGAAGCUUAAUGCAGAUUGCUUUAUUUUUGUGCUUAGAAGGCCAACGAAUAAUUACUACUUCUGAUUUUACAGUAAUAACCCAACAUACACAAAAUGAAUUUUUUUACUGAGAGCAACUGACUGCGCAGAAACUAAAUACGUUUCUUUGCCGCUGGCGAUGUUUGGUGUAAAUGGAUAGCAGCGGUGUUAUUUUCAAAUGUAGAAUGAAAGGAAUGUAAUCGAAAAUAAAAUGUCUGCACGGGUCCAGGAAUAUUAUUUCUUUAGUGCAUAUAUUGCUCUCUCUUACGAAAGUCCCAGAAGGCAUGAAUGGGCAGAGCGUGCUUCAAGAAAGCGAAGACGAAAGUCGUCUGCGACUGGAUAACCUUCCAUCUGAUGUGUUGUACAUAUUAUUUCAGUAUUGUGACAGAGCAACAUUAGGCCGAUUAAGUCAGUGCUGUAAACGAUUCAAUGACAUUGUUACUGGUAUAUGGGAAACAUUAAGUAGGAAGUUAAUCGCAACCAAUCAACUAAAUGAUGAAAUAUGUAAAAGAUCGUUUCGCACUUUACGUGAGUGGGAGAAAUGCCAGAUUUCCAAAAAUUGGACUAAUGGACGGUUCAGGGAAGUGUGUUAUUUUGCAAGCACGACCAGGUACAUGCCAUGGUUGUCAUUGUCUGACAAGGUUCUGUGGCUGAGCAGAGGAAAUGUGAUAGAGGGAUACAAGCGAACGAAGAAAGGUUUAAACGUUUCCCGUGCCCUGUUCUCCCUGAAAGGACACACUGAUGAUAUUUGCAGAUUUGUAAUACAUGAUGAAAUUAUCAUCAGUGGUAGCAGGGAUGCAGCAAUUUGUGGUUGGUCUUGUGCCACUGGAGAACUGUUAUUUGCGCAGACUUCAAGUCACACAUCUAAUAUAGAUGCUGUUGAUUGCAAUGGAGUUGUGUUAAUUACUGGCUCAAGAGACAGAACUGUAAAGCUAUGGACAGCAGCAGAUGAUUACGUGUGGGAAGAGCACGUGGAGAUUGACUUGGACGACAGAGUGUGGUCUAUUGCAGCCUGCACAGAUAGCCCUGCAUGUGCAGUGGGUACAGCUGGCCACAAUGAAGUGCCACCCCUGCACAUCAUCGACCUGGAAAGACCUGAAAUGACAGCAAGUUUAGAAGGGAAAUAUAAAGCUGGAGCAGGCAUACUAGAUUUGCAUUGGGAAUCACCACAUACCCUCUUAUCUGCAGGAUAUGAUACUCACGUCCGUUUGUGGGAUCUUCGUACAGGGAGUAACGUUGCUUCAUGGAUGGACCCAUUUGAUGCAGCAGUUUAUUGUCUUGCUACAGACAAUCUGUAUACUAUACUAUGCGGUACUGCUUUACAUGGAAGAGUGCAGUUGUGGGACAAACGACACAAGCAGAGCAAGCAGAUUUAUUACAUGUCUCUUCGUCAGAGCAGCCCAGUCUACAGCUUGUCAUUUGACCCAUGUCAGCUCUUCGCUGCUGUGGAUCGCUCUGUCCACUGUCUCGACUUCACUAGCAACAAGAACAAAAUGAUUAACUACAUGAAUGGAAACUUCUUCACUUGAAAGUUGCCACACAGAAUUAUUCUAACAGAGAUUUUGGUAGUUUAUUCUAUUCUAUUCAUUGUGAAAGGAAAAUGAUUAGUGAGAUAUGAAAAAAGAUUCAUAUACUCCUCGUUCUAUGUACAUUUUCCUGACCCUAAAGUGUGCAGAUUGAUUUUCUGCAAUAUGCUUGGACAGCAUAUUUCCCUUAGAUCUUGUAUCAAGAGAGAGUCAUAAUGUGGAACUGAAUAUUAGAACUGUAAAAGCUACAGCUGGAAUAAAGUCUGAGGUGCAACAUAUAAA